UUUUUAUUAAUAUUGCAUUCUUUUCGAUAGCUGCUAAACAGAGUACACUCUUUUUAUUUACUUCAUUGAAUACCCCUAUCAAAAUGUCGUCGAUAUCAAUCGCAACCCUCCCGCGCAUGACACGAGAUGCCCUAUCCACCCUCCUGCUCUCUACAAGUUCACCUAACAAACUCGCCAUAAUCGACGUUAGAGACUCAGAUCAUAUAGGCGGCCACAUCCACUCCUCGACUUGGGUCCCCAGCAGCAAGCUCGAGCUGCAUCUCCCGGAACUCGUCCGGACACUACAAGAUAAAGAGAAAGUUGUGUUUCAUUGUGCGCUGAGCCAGCAGCGGGGUCCGUCUGCUGCCUUGCGGUAUGCGAGGGAGCGAGAGCGUGUUCUGGGACCGGAGAAAAGCAAGACGCAGGAGGUCUAUGUGCUUGAAGGCGGAUUUGUGAGGUGGCAGGAGAAAUAUGGAAAGGACACGAGGUUAACGGAGGCUUAUGUUGAGGAUAUUUGGAGGGAAUAUUGAUAUUAGAUUCUUCUGUUUUUCUUCCUGCCUUCUUUCUUAGCUUUCUUGGGUGGGUGGGCGUUCUUUAGAGGACUAUGCUUUGCAUUGAUACCAUAGGAUAUCUGGUAGUUGUCAUGAAUAAAUGAAUACAGUCAUAGA